UUUACACAAAGCCUUAACCGCAGACUUAAAUUCAAGUUCAAACCCUCAUCCCUUUCUUCUCCUCUCACGUCCCCAGCCAGGACCUAUCUAACAUUUCCACCGGCCACAUCCAGACCGAAACAGCCAUGUCUGAGAAACUGCCCUUCAAAGUCGCUGACAUCAGCCUUGCCGAGUGGGGCCGUAAGGCUAUCGAAAUCGCGGAGAACGAGAUGCCUGGCCUGAUGAAGAUGAGGGAGAUGUACGGCCAGUCAAAGCCCCUGAAGGGCGCCCGCAUCGCCGGCUGCUUGCACAUGACCCUGCAGACUGCUGUCCUCAUUGAGACACUCACUGCACUGGGGGCUGAGGUUCAGUGGUCCAGCUGUAACAUCUUCUCCACACAGGAUCACGCUGCAUCUGCCAUUGCCAAGACUGGCGUUCCAGUAUACGCAUGGAAGGGCAUGACCGAUGAGGAGUAUGUGUGGUGCAUUGAGCAGACCAUCUACUUUAAGGACGGACAGCCCCUCAACAUGAUCUUGGACGACGGUGGAGACUUGACCAACCUGGUGCACACGAAAUACCCCAAACUGCUCUCAGGGAUCAAGGGUGUGUCUGAGGAGACCACCACUGGCGUCCACAACCUGUACAAGAUGAUGAAGAAGGGAGAACUCAAAAUACCUGCCAUCAACGUCAACGACUCAGUCACCAAGAGCAAGUUUGAUAACCUGUACGGUUGCAGAGAGUCUCUGAUUGAUGGCAUCAAGCGUGCCACUGACGUCAUGAUCGCCGGUAAGGUGGCCGUGGUCGCUGGCUAUGGAGACGUUGGCAAGGGCUGCGUUCAGGCACUGCGUGGGUUUGGUGCCAGGGUCAUCGUCACAGAGAUCGACCCCAUCAAUGCUCUGCAAGCCUCCAUGGAAGGCUACGAGGUGACCACCUUGGAAGAAGCAUGCAAGGAAGGAAACAUCUUUGUGACAACUACUGGCUGCGAGGACAUCAUCAUGGGCAGGCAUUUUGAGCAGAUGAAGGAUGACUCUAUCGUUUGCAACAUCGGCCACUUUGACUGUGAAAUUGAUGUGGCAUGGCUCAACGAAAAUGCUGUCAAAGUCAACAUUAAACCUCAGGUGGACCGCUACCGCCUGAAGAACGGCAGACACAUCAUCAUUCUUGCCGAGGGGCGAUUGGUCAACCUGGGCUGUGCCAUGGGCCACCCUAGUUUCGUCAUGAGCAACUCCUUCACCAAUCAGGUGCUGGCGCAGAUUGAGCUCUGGACCAACACCAGCAAAUACCCCCUGGGAGUCUACUUCCUGCCAAAGAGGCUUGACGAACAGGUUGCUGCUGCCCACCUGGAUAAGCUGGGAGUGAAACUGACCAAGCUGUCGGAGAAGCAGGCCAGCUACCUGGGUCUGCCCAAAGAGGGCCCCUUCAAGCCAGACCACUACCGCUACUGAGCACCAAAGCGUCUGGAGGCUGGCUAGACAUCCCACAGGGAGAGGGAGCGAAGGAGCGAGGGAAGCUGUGUGUGUGUGUGUGUGUGCGUGCGCAAAAGUGUGACUGUGUGUGAUGUGCUUGUUACUUGUUAGAGCCCUCCUCUGGCAACCUGCUGUGCUUCUGCUGGUA